AUGACGCGUCUGGAGAGUCUACAGGCAGAGAUAAAGAUGCUGUCGGAACGUAAGAGAGAUCUAGAACGGAGGGUGAACAUCAUGAUGGAUGAGAACGAACAGCUGCAGAACACGAUGGAGAACCUGAGAGAGAGAACGCUGGUGUUGGAGAAGCAGUGUCACGAGAAGGACCUACAGGGCUCGCGGCGCAGUGAUGAGGAAGCUCUGGAGGAUCAGGUGCGUAAGCUGAGUGAGGAGCUGAGAGCGAUGAAAGACCUUUACGAGAGCGAACAGGAGAGAACACACAACAGCCAAGAGGAAACACUACAGCUACACAAUCAGGUGGCGCUGCUCUCGGUGGAGGCGUGCUCAUGGCGUGAGGAGACUGAGCGAAUGAGGGCGAUGGCAGACAUGCACGAACCCAACGAACAGCUUCAGAGCGCCAUACGGGAUCGAGACGAGGCUAUUGCCAAGAAGAAAGCGGUGGAGAUGGAACUGGCCAAAUGUAAGAUUGACAUCAUGUCCCUGAACAGCCAGCUCCUGGACGCCAUCCAACAGAAGCUCAACCUGUCCCAACAGCUGGAAGCCUGGCAGUUUGCCUCUUCAGGGCUCUUUACUGUGUGGCUCUUGUGGUUUCUGAUCUAGUGGCCUUUCUCAGCUUCCGUACCACCCCCCUCCCCUGUGGUACUCCCUUCCUGCCUCUG